AUGGACUAUGUCAGUUGCUUUGGCAGCGAUACCGAGUCUGACACUGGGGAUCACUGGAGUGUUGAAAUUGAGGGAAAUGGAAAGACAUGGAGGCAAGAUCAAAGGGUAAGGCUUCGGCAUGUAGAUACUGGUGGGUACCUUCAUAGCCAUAACAAGAAAUACCAACGCAUAGCCGGGGGGCAGCAAGAGGUGUGUGGUGUUGGUGAGAAGAAACCCGAUAAUAUUUGGUUAGCAGCAGAGGGCGUUUAUCUUCCGGUUACCGAAACCAAGUGAAGUUCCUCUCGGCUCCCGUAGUAGUAAUGACUAAUCAUAGUUAAGAGAUUUCUGUUAAUUUACUAGGGAAUUGCUCUCCCAUUUCUCCUAUAUUACAGAACACACUUGCAUUGAACAUUGCAAAGUUUUGAAAAUAGUUUCAUGUAAUUUCCUUA